GCUUGGAGGUGGACGUGCAGGCGCAGAGGAGUUGGUCUCAUACUGCCUGUGUAUGGCAUUAAAGUCACUGUCUGCCACUUUGUCGUAACGCAAGCUUUUUGAGGCAGCAGCAGAUGAUGCCCAACAAUGGCUCUGUUAAGGAAAAUAAAUCGAUUCCUACUGAUGCUGCUGGUGCUCAUGAUGCUCCUGCUGCUGUACAACAGGCUGUUGAGGCCGGCCGUGCCUCGCAGAAUCACAGGCUCAAAGAAAGACCAUAUGCAUGUUUCAAAGUCUGCCCAGGAAGAGGAACUGGAGGCGAAGGAGAGGGGUUCCAUCCCCGUGGUGAUCUGUGCGAGUGAAGAGCGUCUCGGGGGUGCCAUGGCAACCAUCAACAGUGUGCAAAGCAACACGGAGGCCAGUGUGUUUUUCUACAUCAUCACCUUGCGAGAUUCCAUCAAGCGCAUCAGACAGUACAUAGAGAACACCCAGCUGAAGAGGAUCAAGUAUAAGAUCCUGGAAUUUAACCCCAUGGUGCUGAAGGGGAAAGUCAAACCAGAGUCGUCCAGACCUGACCUGCUUCACCCCCUCAACUUUGUGCGUUUCUACCUCCCCCUGCUGGCCAUCAACCAGAAGAAAAUCAUCUACCUGGACGACGAUGUGAUUGUGCAAGGUGACAUCAAGGAGCUGUUCCAAAUCAAACUCCGGCCAGGACACGCGGCUGCGUUCGCCUCCGACUGCGACCUCCCGUCCUCACAUGAGAUGGUGCGCAGCGUGGGCAUGCAGACGACCUACAUGGGCUUCCUGGAUUACAGGAAGCAGGAAGUACGGGAUCUGGGCAUCAACCCCACCAAGUGCUCCUUCAACCCAGGUGUGUUUGUGGCGGACAUUGCAGAGUGGAAACAGCAGAAGAUCACCAAACAGCUGGAGAAGUGGAUGAUGGAAAACUUCAGGGAUAACCUUUACAGUAGUGCAAUGGCGGGGGGUGUGGUGACCCCCCCAAUGCUGAUUGUCUUCCAUGACAAAUACACGACCAUAGACCCACUGUGGCACGUCAGACACCUGGGCUGGAGCCCAGAUGCCCGCUAUGCCGAGUCCUUCCUGCAGAAGGCGCAGCUGCUCCACUGGAACGGCCGCUUCAAGCCCUGGGACUUCCCCUGCGUGCACAUCGACCGCUGGGAGAAGUGGUUCAUCCCGGACCCAGCGGGCCGCUUCUCCCUCAUACGGCCCUGAGGCUGAGAGGCACGGGGAUGCUCCUGUUAGCAAUCUACACAAAUCACUCUCAGGACCACUGGGACUGGAUAUAACUGUGAAUUGUUUAUUAUUGU